CUCCUCUGGCGCUCUCUCUCUCUUUCUCUCCCCAGGUUCUCUCCUCUAUCCCGUCUCCCCUCCUCUGCUGUGCACCUGCUCCUCCCCUCCUGCCUUAUUAUCCUCAGACUCAGAGCAGCGCUCCGUCCUCGCCAAGUGAUGCUCCUCGGCGGCGCACAUCGGUGGGUUAUCACCGCCCGCUGCAGGGAGGACCGCGCCGGCUUGUUUUUCUCCUCUGGAAACACGCGCUGAAGGACGACAGAACAUGGGAAUUUAACGGGGCUUGGGAGAGAGUGAGCUGGAGGAGGGUAGGACGACGAAGAAGCACUCAAGUCCCAUCCGAGAGAAGAGAAGGAGGAGGAGGAGGGGGACUCCGGGGAAACGGUCCCGCCGGGACGGGGGAACGCAGCGGAAGGUUUUGUGCUGUACAUAGUUUGAGAUGGACUAAAGGUGCAUGUUUUUGAUCUUUGGGUGUGAAGAAUAAAAUUACAGGAUUUAAAGGAAGGGUUCUUGGAGUUGCGGUCUGUCGGUGCCUUUCCGUGUGUGAUGGAGUGAGUGAAAGAGAGGGCGCACGGUAACUUCAGCCUCGCCAUGAAAUCAGUGUUUUUCAGCCGCUUCUUCAUCCUGCUGCCCUGGGUCCUUAUUGUCAUCAUCAUGAUCGAUAUCGACAGUAAAAGGGCGAUCCGGGCUCCGGCAGCCAGCCGGACCGGCAGGGCGCAGCGGGCGGCCCGGACCGGCGCACCCGGAGUGGGUGGCAGCACCCAGAACCAGUCCGCUCUGCCCGUUAUCUACGCCAUCACACCGACUUACACCCGUCCGGUGCAGAAAGCGGAGUUGACCCGUCUGGCCCACGCCUUCCGCCAGGUGCCCCGGUUCCACUGGAUCGUAGUGGAGGACUCGACCUCGCGCACGGAGCUGGUGGCGCGCUUCUUGGCCCGGUGCGGCGUGCCGUACACGCACCUGCAUGUGUUCACUCCCCGCAGGUUCAAGCGCACCGGGAUGCCACGCGCCACCGAACAGAGGAAUGUGGCUCUCGCGUGGCUCCGGCAGCACCGGAGCAGGCGGGACGCCGGUGUGGUUUUCUUCGCGGAUGACGACAACACGUACAGCCUGGAGCUGUUUGAGGAGAUGCGCAGUACUCGAGGUGUUUCUGUUUGGCCUGUGGGAUUUGUAGGCGGUAGAGCAUAUGAGCGCCCCCUGGUGUCUGGGGGGAAAGUUGUGGGCUGGUACACCGGCUGGAGACCGGACCGACCCUUCGCCACCGACAUGGCAGGCUUUGCGGUGAACCUCCAGGUGAUCCUGGCGAACCCCCGAGCGCAGUUCAAGCGACGCGGAUCUCAGCCGGGGAUGCAGGAGUCCGACUUCCUCAAGCAGAUCACGAAGGUCACCGAGUUGGAGCCUAAGGCCAACAAUUGCACCCGGGUGCUGGUUUGGCACACUCGCACAGAGAAACCACACCUUGCAAAUGAGCCCAAACAUCGGAAAGACACUGUGGUCAUCGAGGUGUGAGAGGAAGAGCUGAGCAGCGGAUCCAUAA